AUGAGGCUGUCCAUUGAUGUUGCUCGUGAGUUUUUCGAUCUCCAAGAGCUCCUCGGAUUCGAGAGGGCUAGCAAGACCGUGGAGUGGCUGCUCAGAAAGGCGAGAUCAGAGAUUAAGAAACUUAAGGACUCAAACAAUGAAGGUGGCUGCAGUAGUACUUGUCCGGAGAUGCAAACGCCUUCUCCGAAUUCCGAAAGCUGUGAAGGGGCUUCGGGUUUGGACGAGGUGGGGAUCAAUGGAGAAGAUCAAGGAGUUGCCGGUACUAGUAGUUCCAAGCCUUUGGAAAUAUUACCGAUUUCGAAUCCAAAUGGCUGGAAUAUUUUCCAAGUAUCUAAUCAUGAUCAUAUUCGCCAAACAAGUACUACUAGUACUGGUACAACUGCACCAAUUGUUGAUUAUGAGACAUAUUCUUAUUUGGUGAAUCAUUUGGAGAAGUGGAACAAUUCUUUGGUUGCUAAUUCUGUGAGCAACGUUGGUACUACUUCUGGUGCUACUGGAUUCCGAGUUCCCCAACAGCAUCAGUUUAAUCUUUCCAACUUUCAAGUCUUUGGCAACGGAUUGGAGGGCUUCAAAAACACCCAAAAUCUAUGCUGA